CACAAUAUCAUAAAUAAACGCAGAUAAACUAGCCUUUAUUUAAACAAACUUUAUACCUACGCGCUGAUAUCGAGGUUAACAAGGUUAAAUAGUUGACAAAUGAUUCUAAGAAAGGCACAAAGAAACAUAUGGUAUAAUUGAAAAAUAAGCUGAAACUGUCGGAGCUCGGUUGUAAUGUACGAAGGGAUAUUUUAACUAAAGAUAACACUAAUCAAGGCCCGCUGAGGAAUUCAAAACACAUUUCUGUGUAUGUGGUAUUGACCAAUGGAUGAUGUCAAGAUAAAUCCACCAAUGGCAAGAUAAGUCCAGGACUAUUAGGAACAGAUAAAUAAACUAUUUUUUGGAUAACAAAAUAAUUCAGUUUAAAAGCUGCACGUUUAGAUUGCUUCCAAGUACUAUUUGUUUGAAUGCUGGGUUGACCUUGUCUCGUAAACACAUUGCUAGCGCAAAUCAACAGGAUAUUCACCCAUGUGUAAAACGUGGUAAAUAAACAGCAAACUAUACAAUUAUUAGAAAAGACCACGAUUAAUACUGACGCAAAAGUUCAGGAUGACAGAAAAGGAUCGUGAUGAAUCCGAUGGGGACAUACAAUCGGAUCUGAAAGAAUCAAAACAGACAGAAAAAAGCACAAGUAAAGAUCUCAAAAUGGAAACUCAGAACAAUAGUUUAAUAAACGGCAAUUUACACAUUCCUGCUGUACACGAGCCACAUAAAAACGGCUACACACUUCUACCGGCAAUCACAAAUGGACACCACCAUCUUCCGCCGAUCAAAGAAGCUGCACACAUCCAUUUCACUGUCGGGAACGACGUCGAAGAUGAAGAUGAUGUAUUAGAAAACAAUUUUCCAGGCUUUGAAGAAAGUGAUGACCACAAUCAUUUCCAUAACCUAAAGGAGAAGCUAGAAAAGGUCAACCAUUGUAAAAUUCCCGAAAAAGCCCCGGAUGGCGGAUGGGGAUGGCUCGUCGUGUUAGGCGCGUUUCUUGUGGUUUUCAUCCAGUUUGGACUUUUUAUGUCAUUUGGUGCAAUGUUCACGGUAUUCAGUGAACGCUUUCACGAGGGCACUGUGUUAACAGGCUGGCUAGGGGGUUUACAGAUCUGUAUACAAGCGUUGCUCAGUCCAUUGUCUACAAUGUUCGUAGCGAGGUUCUCUGUGAGGACAACUGUCAUAACAAGCGGUAUCAUUGGCGCCCUCUGUAUUAUGUGCGCCUCCAUCGCCACCGACUUCACUGUUGUACUCUUUACAUAUGGUAUAGGGUUAGGCUUGGCCGGAGCACUGUCUUUCGCACCGUCACUAGUUCUUGUGGGGCAGUAUUUUGACACAUAUCGCUCAUUUGCAACGGGAGUAGUGAUGUCUGGCGCAGGAUUUGGGAACUUUGCAUUCCCCGUCUUGAUGCGAUUUCUGCAUGCUCGCUACCGAUACGAAGGCACCAUGUGGAUCCUAGCUGCUAUAUGGUUAAACAUCUGUGUUAGUGGCUCCCUCUUUCGGCCACUGAUACAACAAAGGGCUGAACAUAGAAUUACAUUAACCUCACUAAAGAGAACAUUAUCGAAAACCUACUCACGUGGAAGUUUUCACAGUAUGAGUAGAACAUCGUUGGAAAAGAAAAAGGACCAUGAAAUGUCGGAGUUGUACCAUGCCCAGAGACGUGUCAGAUUUUCUACCCAAAUUGAAAUAAAUGGAAUUCCUGAAAUCCGAAAGAAAAGCUUCUUUCAGAAACUUUUCCAUCCAAAGAAGUCAUGGCUUGCGAAACACAGUGGAUUCAAAAUAAGAAGGCUGAAAGCUAUUGAUUGGAAAUUGUUCAAAAAUAUCACAUUCCUGGUGUAUGCCUUAUUUCUGUUGGUUGCUGAUAUGGGCAUCGCAUUCUACAUUUACAUCGUUGAGUAUGCAAAAGAAAGGGGAUUGACCGAAGAGCAGGCACACAUGGUGCUGUCUGUGUUGGGAAUUGCAAAUGUUGUUCAAAGAUUAGUUUUUGGCUAUAUCUGGGACACGAAGACAUUCAGACCCUAUCGAAUAACUUGGUACUGUAUAUUCACGAUUGGCUAUGGAAUCGGCUUGAUUCUUUUCACCGUUGCUAAUGGGUACCCUGCCUUAUUGGCAUUAUCCAUUUUGGUCGGUAUGUCGAUCGGAGUGUUUCUUGGACAACGUAGUGUAGUUGUUGCAGAUUUGUUUGGCGUUGAACGACUUUACAGCACGUUUACACUGGCGUUAUUCUUCGAGGGUAUAGGGACAUUGAUAGGUCCCAUAGUCGGUGGCUAUUUGAAAGAGACAUUUGGGAGUUAUCAGCCGACUUUCAUUUUUGCCGGGGUAGCACCCAUAGUUGGCGGACUUAUCUUUUUGUUGGAACUUAUACGCACAGGAUCAUUAAAGAUCGAAUAUGAGACACAUUUACAAGCAUAUAACUUCUCCUGAUGUGAGAUUCAUAUAAUAUUGAAUAUUUUUAUUUUAGAAUUGUUAAUUUUAAAUAAAUGCUUAAUUAAAC